UAUGACUUUGAAUGCUGUUGUGAUGUGCUCUACUCAUUUUUUUGUACUCAUUGCUCUCUAUCUGUGGAUGCUUGUGUGCAUGUGUGUAUGGAUGCUUGCGUGUGUGUGUGUGUGCGUUGUUGUUUUGUUUUUCGUUUUGCAGACAUUUGAGUGCAGUACAAUGGAGACCUAUCAUGACCUCUAUUUGCAAACAGAUGUCUAUCUUCUAGCAGAUGUCUUUGAGCAUUUCCGCAAGACGGCAUACAAGACGUAUGGGUUGGAUCCAGCCCAUUACCUUACUCUCCCAGGAUAUGCAUGGGAUGCUCUACUACGGUUCACCCAGAUUGAACUGCAGCUGCUCACGGAUGUAGACAUGCAUCUGUUUGUCGAAGCCGGUCUACGUGGGGGCAUCUCAAUGGCGUCGCAGCGGUACGGCAAGGCCAACAACCCAACGAUGGAUCAGUACAAUUCUGCCGAGCCCACAUCAUACCUGCUAUACCUUGAUGCCAACAACCUGUAUGGCUGGGCUAUGUGCCAGAGUAUGCCGACAUCCGAGUUUGCCUGGUGUGACAAGAACCUGUCCGAGAUACUGGCACACCCUGUAGAUUCGAGCACUGGGUUCAUUGUGGAGUGUGAUCUUGAGGUACCCUCUUCGCUGCACCACUACUUCAAUGAUUAUCCACUCGCACCGGAAGUGAUGAGAACAUUCUCAGAUAAGCUAUCACCAUACCAACAAGCACUUGUGGAGGAGCUCAAAGUGUCAGCCGUAGAUGGAGUCAAGUUGACACCCAGUCUCCUACCCAAGUCCAAGUAUGUGUUACACUACCGUACACUGCAGCUGUAUUCGCGUCUGGGCAUGGUGGUGACCGCUGUUCACAAGGUGUUGGGAUUUCAGCAGAGUGCCUGGAUGGCUCCCUACAUCAAUCUGAACACUGCACUUCGCACGAGGGCUACAACCGACUUUGAGAAGAGCUUUUACAAGCUGAUGAACAACUCAGUCUUUGGCAAGACGAUGGAGAACGUUCGUAAUCGAAUACGCAUCGAUCUCUUGCGAGAAGAAAGUGAGGAGCAGGUACUGAGGGCAGUGAGCAAGCCUACAUAUGUGCGGCACGACAUUUUCCCGAACGGGCUUGUCGGAAUAGAAAAGCAGCACACUGAGAUCAAGCUCAACAAGCCGGUCUAUGUGGGUAUGUCGAUACUAGACCUGUCAAAGGUACACAUGUACUCCUUCUACUACGAUGUGCUGAAGGAGCAGUACGGUAGCAGAAUCCGGCUGUUGUACACCGACACCGACUCUGUUAUUGUGCACAUAACCACCGGUGAUGUUUAUGCAGAGAUGGAUCUGUCUCUGUAUGACACCAGCAACUUUCCCACUGACCAUCCUCAGUACACUUCUGUCAAUAAGAAAGUGGUUGGCAAAUUCAAAGAUGAGCUUGGUGGGAAAUCCAUGGUGGAGUUUGUAGGUCUAAGAUCGAAGAUGUACUCCUACAUCGGACAGGAAUCGGCCAAACGGGCCAAGGGUGUGCGAAAGGCAGUCCUGGCAAAUACCAUCACCCACAAGGACUAUGUAGAUGCACUGCUCAGUCAUCGUGUGUCUUCCAGGCCUAUGACGGGUCUCCGAUCACAUUGCCACACAGUGUAUGAGGAGGUAACCACCAAGGUGGCAUUGUCUCCAUUCGACUGCAAGCGGUACAUACUGGAUGAUGGCAUGGCCACACUUGCAUAUGGUCACAAGGACAUUUAAUGGACAGGACCCCACAUUGAACAUGUUUCAUCAUUUUCAUACAAAACUCCCCGCCGUUCUUCUGUCAUGAAUUCCUCCUAUCUUGGCGUGUGGGGCCGGCUCAACCAAUAUACAUUUUUGUUAAAUAUUUCAGGCUUGUGCCUCAAUCAUAUUGCAGGAUAUAGUGCAUCGUGCGGUAUAAUAAUCUUCAUCGUAUCAUCAAAUAUUGCCCUACACACUUU